AUGGCUCGCGACCCCGGCGGCCGCCUGGGCCUUCUGCCGCUGCUGCUGCUGCUCACCUAUGGCCUCGCGGCCGCCCAGGCUGACCUACUGAACUGGCUGUGGGCCCCUAGGACCGCUGGGCCCACGGUGGAACCGGCCUCCGCGCCCCCGCGCGGCCCACACGUGCAGCCCACGGCGGAGACCGCGGCUCACGUGGCCCCCCGGGAUGACCCCACGGAGCAGGGGAGAGCCCCUGCCAGCCCCGAGCCGCCCCCGGGGAGGCUGGAGACCGGCCGGGACCCGGCUGCCGCUGCACCCACUGCCUCCACGGCGGGCCCGGACACGAAGGAGGAGAACAUCGCCGGCGUCGGAGCCAAGAUCCUGAACGUGGCCCAGGGCAUCCGCAGCUUCGUCCAGCUGUGGGACGGCACCACUCCCAGCCAGAGCUCCACCGGGGCGGAGACGCCAGCCCCUGGGACCCCCACGGCCCCCCUCACCCUCCCGGGGCCCUCCGGCGUCCCCCCGGAGGACGGGACCACUCUCUGGCUGGGCAGUAGGGCCCUGACCUCUCCGGACACCCAGAGGACCGAGGCUGGCACCCUGCCAGUGCCCACCCAGCUGCCUCCCUCCCCCGGCGGGCGCCGGGCACCGCUCAGGGAGCCCUCGGUGCCGCCGUCUUCUCCAGAGAGCCCGGGCACGGAGGUGGGGCUGCUGCAGCUGCUCGGAGAGCCGCCGCCCCAGCAGGUCGCCCAGGUGGACGACCCUGACGUCGGGCCGGCCUUCGUCUUCGGCCCGGAUGCCAACAGCGGCCAGGUGGCCCGGUACCACUUCCCCAGCCCGUUCUUCCGCGACUUCUCACUGCUCUUCCACGUCCGGCCCGCCACCGAGGGCGCGGGGGUGCUGUUCGCCAUCACGGACGCGGCCCAGGCGGUGGUCUCCGUGGGCGUGAAGCUGUCGGCCGUGCGUGACGGGCAGCAGCACAUCCAGCUCCUGUACACCGAGCCCGGUGCCACCCGCACCCGCACGGCCGCCAGCUUCCGCCUGCCCGCCUUCACCGGCCAGUGGACGCGCUUCGCGCUCAGCGUGGACGGCGCGACCGUGGCGCUGUUCGUGGACUGCGAGCUGUUCCAGAGGGUGCCCUUGGUGCGCUCCCCGCGGGCCCUGGAGCUGGAGCCCGGCGCCGGCCUCUUCGUGGCCCAGGCUGGGGGAGCAGACCCCAGCAAGUUCCAGGGAAGGAUCGCGGAGCUGAGGGUGCGCGGAGACCCCCGGGUGAGCCCCCUGCACUGUCUGGAGGAGGACGAUGAGGACAGCGGUGGGGUGUCUGGAGACUUCGGGAGCGGGCUGGAGGAGAACCGGGAGCUUCUCAGGGAGCAGUCGGGUCUGUCCCCAAAGCCCAGCCUCCCCGAGGCUCCACCAGUCACUUCUCCGCCCUUGGCUGGAGGCAGGAAUGUGGAAGAUUCCAGAACUGAAGAAAUUGAGGAAGAAACCACGAUGUCUUCGUUGGGAGCUUGGACCCUCCCCGGCUCAGACACCGUCACCGCGUGGAGCGUUCGGAGCCCUGGGGGCGGCCCGGAAGAGGGUCCUGCAGGCUCUGCAGUACAGAGCCCCGAUGCACAGCCUGUACCCGGGCCACAGGGCCCCCCGGGCCCCCCAGGGCCACCGGGGAAGGACGGUGCUCCCGGAAAGGACGGUGAGCCGGGCGAUCCUGGUGAAGACGGGAAACCUGGUGACCCUGGGCCACAGGGCUUCCCCGGGACCCCAGGAGACAUGGGCCCCAAGGGCGAGAAGGGGGACCCUGGGGUCGGGCCAAGAGGACCCCCAGGACCCCAAGGGCCUCCGGGGCCACCAGGGCCCUCCUUCAGACACGACAGGCUGACCUUCAUUGACAUGGAGGGGUCCGGGUUCGGCGGUGACCUGGAGAGUCUCCGAGGCCCGAGAGGCUUCCCCGGCCCCCCGGGGCCCCCCGGCGUCCCAGGCCUGCCCGGAGAGCCAGGCCGCUUUGGGAUGAACAGCUCCGACGUCCCAGGCCCCGCAGGCCUUCCUGGAGUGCCUGGGCGGGACGGGGCCCCCGGGCUUCCUGGCGCCCCGGGACCGCCAGGUCCUCCAGGAAGAGACGGGGGACCAGGAAAGACUGGCCAGAAAGGCAGCCCCGGCGAAGCAGGCACCCCGGGACCUAAGGGAAGCAAGGGGGACCCUGGCCCCACUGGCGCUCCUGGGGAGACUGGCUUGGCAGGAGCCCCCGGACCAGCUGGACCACCAGGGCCCCCCGGGCCCCCCGGGCCUCCAGGACCAGGACUUGCCGCGGGGUUUGAGGACAUGGACGGCUCUGGGGGACCCUUCUGGUCAACUGCUCACGGAGCCAGCGGGCCACAGGGACCACCAGGCCUGCCGGGGGUCAAGGGGGACCCUGGAAUAGCCGGACCACCAGGCGCCAAGGGAGAAGUCGGAGCCGAUGGACCUCCCGGGUUCCCCGGCCUCCCUGGCAGAGAGGGCACAGCCGGAGCCCAGGGACCCAAAGGAGAAAAAGGGACCCAGGGAGAGAAAGUUGACCCAGGGAGGGAUGGAGUGUGGGCAGCCUGGCCUCCCCGGACCCCCCGGGCCCCCAGGACCUGUCGUCUACGUGUCGGAGCAGGACAGAGCGUGGCAGGCGUGCCGGGACCCGAGGGCCGGCCGGGGUACGCGGGCUUUCCUGGACCGGCCGGGCCAAAGGGAGAUCUGGGCUCCAAAGGCCAGCGGGGCCCCCCGGGACCCAAGGGCGAGAAGGGCGAGCCGGGCCCAGUCUUCAGCCCCGAUGGCGGCACGCUGGGCCCUGCCCAGAAAGGAGCCAAGGGAGAGCCCGGCUUCCGAGGACCGCCGGGUCCAUAUGGACGGCCGGGGCACAAAGGGGAGAUUGGCUUCCCUGGGCGGCCGGGUCGCCCCGGGAUGAACGGACUGAAAGGCGAGAAAGGGGAGCCAGGACAUGGCAGCGUCGGCUUUGGUGUGAGGGGCCCACCCGGUCCCCCGGGGCCUCCAGGACCCCCAGGCCCUCCCGGGACUCCCGUCUAUGACAGCAACGCCUUCAUGGAGUCUGGCCGCCCUGGACCUCCAGGAUUGCCAGGGUACCAGGGGCCUCCUGGACCGAAGGGUGACAAAGGAGAAGUGGGCCCACCAGGACCACCAGGGCAGUUCCCGCUCGACCUCCUCCAGCUGGAGGCUGAAAUGAAGGGGGAGAAGGGUGAUAGAGGAGACCCGGGGCAGAAGGGCGAACGGGGUGAGCCCGGGGGUGGCGGAUUCUUCGGCUCCAGUGUGCCCGGCCCCCCCGGCCCGCCAGGCUACCCUGGGAUUCCGGGUCCCAAGGGAGAGAGCAUUCGGGGCCACCAGGCCCACCUGGACCUCAGGGGCCCCCUGGCAUCGGCCAUGAGGGGCGUCAGGGGCCUCCUGGCCCCCCGGCCACCCCCGGCCCCCAGGCCCCCUUCCUUCCCCGGCCCUUACAGGGCAGACAAUCAGUGUUCCCGGCCCCCCCAGGCCCACCUGGGCCCCCCGGACCCCUGGAACCAUGGGCACCUCCUCAGGGCAGGUAAGGAUUCGGGCCACGUACCAGACCAUGCUGGACAAGGUGCGGAGGUUCCGGAGGGCUGGCUCAUCUUUGUGGCUGAGACAGAGGAGCUGUACGUCCGGGUCCGGAAUGGGUUCCGGAAGGUCCUGCUGGAGGCGCGGACACUCCUCCCACGUGGGACGGACAACGAGGUGGCCGCCCUACAGCCCCCGCUGGUGCAGCUGCACGAGGGCAACCCGUACCCCCGGCGGGAGCUCACCCACUCCACGGCGCGGCCCUGGCGGGGCGGAUGACUCAUCCUGGCCGGCCCCCCGCGGCCUGCCGGACCCCCCGGCCACUACCCUGGCGCCCCCCCCACGGCUCCCUUCCCU